GUGCCGUAGUGGAAAACAAUGAAGAACUUAUCUAAGAAAGAUUCUGGUUCUGCCCAUUUAACAUCUUAUGCUCUUGGAUGCUCAUCAUGGGGCACUUCCUCUGAAUCUAAUGUGCAACAAUCGUCCAUGUCCAAAAAUUUGACCUUGAAAAUGAGUGUUCUUCCACAUCAAUGCCAUAAGACUAAGCCAAUGAAUUUUCAAUUUCAAGACCAAGAUUCAUCUUCAACUCAAUCAACUGGUCAAUCUUAUCCGGAAGUGGGUUCGGCACAAUCAGGUCAAAUUUCUGUCCAGUAUAGCAAUUCUUCUGCUUGUUCAACACUUAACAAAACUGGGGAAAAGAGCGUGGCAGGUCUCAUCAGGUCAUCUGUGGGGAGUCAGGAUUUUACCUUCCCUCCUUCGCAACUGGGUCACAACCAAUCAUUUGUUCAUACUGCAUUCCAUCAUGGGGAGCCUUGCUUUAGUGGCCUACUAGCUACUCCAUAUAGGCCAGAACCUAAUCUAAUAGGAAUGACUCCUAUGCGAAUUCCUCUGCCACUUGCUCUCAGUGACGAACCCAUAUAUGUGAAUGCAAAGCAGUACCAUGCUAUCCUGAGACGCAGGCAGUAUCGUGCAAAGCUGGAAGUGCAGAACAAACUCAUCAAAGAACGGAAAGUAAGUGCACUUUUUUUUUUUCCACUCCCCUCUAAAGUCAUUUCUCUUAACAACUCUGACAUUUGUUUGCAGCCAUAUCUUCAUGAGUCCCGCCACCUACACGCACUGAAGAGAGCAAGAGGUUCUGGUGGACGCUUUCUGAAUACCAAAAAUCUCCAAGAGUCAAAGCUCGUUUCUGGCCGAGACGUUUCUGGCUGUACUCAAUUGAAUCUGUGUGGAAAAAUUUCAGAAUCGAAGGUGCAUGCAGUGGAAAACUACAGAGAUGGUGCUUCCACAACCACUUGUUCUGAUGUUACUAGUGCAUCUAAUAGUGAUGACUUGUUCCGGCAACAUGAGUCAGACUUUAGAUUAUGUGGUUACCCUUCUAACAUUGGGAGGAACAUACAGGGUUUCUCAGCUGAUUUUGGUGGUGGUAAUAAACAUCAUCUACCAGUCCUAAUGUGACAAACUUGAAUGGCUCACAGUAGUAAGUUAUUCUUCAGCACAUAGUUGGAGAAUAUGACUACUUGUGUUCCGUUGGGAAGUCAUCCUUGGCUCAUUUACAUUAUUAUGUCUAACUAUUGUUCAUGUUAAUUGUUUUGGAACUAG